ACGCCUGUGUUCAAAUUAAUAAUCUUGUGUCAGGUGACGGUACAGCCGAAGGUCAGGGAAGGCUAUAAGGGACAUUAUGAGAUCAUAUUUUAUAUCUCUUAAUAAUUGUUGACUCAUUUGCACACUCGUGAAUUUAGCUAUAUGAGUAAUUUACAAUAAAGAAAAACUGUACCUACUCAAAUUGCUAUGAAAUCGAACUUUUUACAGAAUUUUUACUCUUCAAAAUUAAAAGUUACAGAUAAUAACACUUCCAGUAUGCAAGCGACGAAGGAAACAAACUCGACUCCAGAAAAUGAAACGAUGUGCCAAAUUGGAGACCGCCAGACAUCAAGUCAGGUCCCUCAUACUGAAGAGAACCAAGCAUCAAGUCAGGCCCCUCAUACUGAAGAGAACCAAGCAUCAAGUCAGGUCCCUCAUACUGAAGAGAACCAAGCAUCAAGUCAGGCCCCUCACACUGAAGAGAACCAAGCAUCAAGUCAGGCCCCCAACUUGGUUAGGUCAACGUGCGGCGUUUGUUUGGCUGCGCCCGCUCGGUACAGGUGCCCCGCAUGUGCUGCUGUGACCUGCAGUUGUGCGUGCGUUGCCGCACACAAACUCAGAACAAACUGCACAGGAGUUCGUGAACCAGUCCUUGCUGUGCAGAAAGAAGACAUGGAUGACGAUAUGCUGCAGCAGGAUUACAGGUUUCUGGAGAGUGUGAUGUCUAGAUUGGAGAGGAGUCUUAGAGACCCAAAAGUACAUCAUCUUGUGGAAGACAUUUACGUGACCAAGAAACGAGACAAGCAGUCAGGAAAAAGACAUAAUGAUGAAGAAAGCCUUGUUCACAAGCACAGGUUUUCUCUGCACAAUGUCGAUGAGAGGACCAAGAAAAGAUUCAAAGCAUUCAUUCCUAAUUAUGGCGGGCGAAAUAGGUUUCAUCAGAACGCUGGAGUAACGCUGCAUCGCGGCGAUCUUCCUUCAGGCUUGAAGAGGCUGCGCUACGAAGCUCGGUUGCGGGGUACCCAGCUCGCCUUCAUGCCCAGAGACAUGACCAGACAUGCGGUCAACACCACGCACUAUCUCUUCAGACAUCAGGUUAUCAGAUGGCGAGUGCGAGUUGAGUUCCUGCAAGCCAACGUUUACUCUGAAGACACGUGGGACGAGCGAAUCUCCAUCGGCAGAAUUAUCAGCAAGUUCUUGGACAUGGCUCCUGAGGAUAUGCGAGGCUGGCCUAUAGAUCACACGUCUGAGUCGUCAGCUGGUGUACAUUCAACUCAGGAUAAGGAGGAGCGAGCUAUGCCUUGCGUCUGUGGAACUGAUCCUUUGAACUCCCACUGGAGUGAAGAAGUUUCUAAUGACGAAAAUAGAGUUGGUCUUGAUAACAAUGACCAAUCUUCUUUAGGAGAACAUGGUGCUGAGGUUAAAAAUGUUACCCGGCAGUUCCGAAGAGCGUGUAAGUCAGGUAAGUUGAAUAGUUCGUGUCCAAAAUGUACAGUUUCAUCGCAAGAGUAUUUUUCGCCCUCAGCCAACCAUGACCAAAUAAGUUUGACUUUAAACACCGAGUGUAACACCGAAUCAUUAGAAGAUCAUUCAAGAGACUAUCCUCUCGCCAUAGACAUCACUCGAGUACGUAGAGAAAACAAAGCGAAGUCCCUGACAGUUGAGCAAAUGCAGCAAAUGUCAUACUUCCAGUCACAAGGCGCGUCACAGCUGGCCGUGCUCUUCAAAAAUGAGGACUUUUGCCAGGAUCAACGCCACUACGUCCAUGUCUGCCUCAGCGACUCUCUAAGAGAAAGUUUAUCGCAGCUCCGUGUUGUCGAGUACCCCAUAUUUGUCGUGACUACUAGAGCCCAAGCAUAUGAGAUGGCUUGUGAAGACAUCGAGAAAGGUGAUGACUAUGAAACUGCAGACAGGUGCAACAAAAUAAGUAAAUCGAAGCCUGAUGAUACAACAGCUAAAAAGACAUUCAGAUUUUUCGAUGCGGAAUGCUCCGAUGACUCGGUCGACGAGGGCUGAAGUUAUGGAUUUUUUUUUUCUCGACUUUGUAUCUGUCACCUGACGUGGAGUGACCUACCGUCAAAUGGGAAAAAUGUAAAACCAAUUUAAUAAACGUUUAAAACGUU